GCACUCUCUACACUUUACCUCUUUUUUACCGAUUUAAAAAUUUGUAUAUAUUUCAUUAUAAAUACGAUAUGUUAUAAAUACGAGAAAUGUCGACAAAACGGACAAAUUUCAUACGUGUCACGUCAGUCGUAUUUCUGUUCAAUUCUGAACAUGACCAACCCUAACCUCUCACAGUUUUAUCGAUUAACAAAUAUCAUUUCCAGCAACGAUUAACCUAGUCUGAUAGAAGGCUGUCAGGCUGAUAAUUUCUAAUCGCGACGACUUUCUUUAUUACAACACAAACUAGUAUUUUAAUUUUGCAAGAAUUAUUAAGUGAAAGAAGAAACAUGGAUAACUGCGUUUUAUCGAAUCAAAAGGACGAUUCGUUUGACGAAGUAAUCGGACAUAUUGAGGAUUUAUUAAUGGAAAAAGAUUUCCAAGCUCUACAGAAGAAAUUUUUGGAGAAAUACUGGAACAUUUUUGAGCCAUCGGAAGAAAAUAAAUUAAUUUAUACUGAUAUUUUUCAUGAAUAUAAUAAAGCUGUGGAGGCAUAUAUUGUCGAUUACCUCCAAAAAGUCAUGCCACAAUUUACUAUAGAUAUCCUUUUACAUCAGUUAAAUGAGAAGCAAGCAGAAUUGGAAGGUGAAGUUUUUGAAGUACUGUCGACGAUAACCGAUUUCUUGGCUUUUAAAGAACUGUUUCUUGACUAUAGAGCGGUAAAAGAAGGAGAAGUUGAAGACCUUAGCUGUGGGAUAUCGGUUACAUCAUUCAAAUCUUGUAGUUUAGAUUGCAAUAAUUCACCAAGAUGAUGCGCGUGACUUAGGUCCGUUUUACAAAUGUUCCGGAAUAAUCAUGUUCUUUCCUUAAGUGCUCCCAAAUAUUUGCAACGUCGUGUACCCUACCUUAAGAUUGAUCAUUUCGAAAAAUAGAGCAUAUCAGAAAAAUAUGAUCAGAAGUAAAAUAUACUCAUUACGUUUAAUAAUUAUUAAUUAUCGUGUCUGUAAACAUCCAUAUUUAUUAUAUCAC